AAGUUACGACGCAAUGUUUUAUGGAAUUUUGUUGGAUUAUGCGCAUAAUGCGUGUUACAAGGCCCUAAAUACAGCGUGUUAUGUGUUAUGAUGUUUCGCGUUUUUUUCUGUCGUUUCUGCAACAAAAUAACCUGUGAAAGUGAGGUUUGCUUGGGCUAGAUCGCCUUCCGGACUGAGGUAUUCCGUUACAGGUUAACAGCAAGGCUGUCCCAGAUUUAUCUAGGAUUUUCGCCUUUGUAUAGUGGCUGUCAGCAUCUGAUUCACAUGGAUAUGGGAGACCCAGCGCCAGCCCCAGGCUUAGGGGCUGGAGAGAAAACCUCAGACUCUGCCGAGUCGGCCAAAUCAGUCCUGCUGGCUCUCCUGGAAUCAGAUGGAGGUCCAGCAGCGGCAGCCCGUGCCAUCACCGCUGGCCAGCACACCGUGCUGGGGGUGGUGGAGUGCCUGGAGUCACUGCUGGUCAGUCCGGAGGCGCCGAGCCGAGCGCGCGGCGUGCAGCACCUGACUGACGUGCUGCGCCUUCUGCCUGCCGACCUGCUAAACGAGCAGGAGUGCGCGUUCAUCGCCACGUUCUUCUGUGACCGCGUGCGCGACCACUUUUCCGUAGUGCCGGCGGCGCUGGCUGGCGUCAAUGUGGUGGUGUGUAUGAAGCACCUGGCGGGUGAGCCGCUGCGCCGGCUAGUGCAGAGCCUGUACAAGGAGGUGCACGCGCAGAGCCUCGUGCUGGCUGAGCGACGUAACGUGUUCGCCGCGCUGCGGCACGUGCUGGAGGCGCGGGCGGAGGAUGUGCGCGAGCUGGGCUCGGACUUUGUUCUCGGCUGUAUCCAGUCGAUGGAGGGGGAGAAGGACCCGCGGAACCUGCUGACCGUGUUCGCCACGGUGCGACUGCUGGUGUUGGCCGUGCCGCUGGCGCCGCUCGCCGAGGAUCUGUUCGAGCUGCUGGCCUGCUAUUUCCCGGUCGAGUUCACCCCUCCGCCGGACAGCGCUCACGGUGUGACCCGACAGAUGCUGGCCGACGCGCUGCACGACUGUAUGGCCGGCACCGGGCAGUUUGCCGAGUUCUGCCCGCCCCUGGCGCUGGAGAAGCUCAACUCCGACCUGACGCAGGCCAAGUUGGACGCAUUGGCGCUACUGCAGCGCUGCUGUGGCGUCUACACUGGCGCUCAGCUGACGCCGCACCUGGCACCGCUGCGGCUGGCGCUGGCGCGGGAAUGUCUGACCCCGCGUCACGCGGAGGUACACGAGAGCGCUCUGCGGCUGGCGACGGCCGUGUCGGCGGCGGUGCCAGUCCAGGCCGACCAGUGGACGCGGCCACUGCUGGCUGAGUGCCUGCACCACGCGGCACAGCGCGGCGGCGACCGCCUCCUGGCCGGAGUGGCGCCGCUGCUGGUGGCGCUCUGCGCUGGUAACCGGGAGCUGGUGCUGGGCGAGGCGGUGCCGGCGCUGCUGGGCCAACUGGAGACCGGUGGGGACACGGCGGCCGAGCGGCGCGAGACGGUCACCGCGCUGGGACGUGUGCUGGCGGACGGCGGCGGCGCAGAGUCGGCGGCUGUGGAGGCGCUGCGCCCUCGACUGGCUACCGCGCUGCUGGGGGAGCUCGGCGGGCAGGACCAGCCGCUGCAGACGGCGGCGCUGGGCGUGCUCAGCUCCUGUCCGUGGCUGGUGGCGGACUCGGAGGCGGCUCCCCUGGCCGGCCAUCUGACCUCUCUAGCCACCGCCGAGGACACUGCAGUCCGCACGGCCGCGCUCAGCUGUGUGUCUGCCGCCGCCGACCGGCACCCGACCGCCCUGAUAACCGGCCUGAUCCAGCCGCUACUGACUGAACUGACCAGCGGCUCGGACGGGCCGCCCGAACUGACCGAGCGCCGGCUGGCGGCGGUAGCGGCUGCAGUCACCGGUCUGGAAACCGCCCGAGCCGCACUGCCGCUACUACUGGUCCGUCUGGUGCGCGUCGGUCGGGAGGAUGCCACUGCUACCGAGCGGCUACUCGUCACGAUCACCGGUAUUGUGCAGCGAACAGCGACUAUCCCCGCCGUGGCCGAGUAUCUACUCUCCGAGAUAAAACUUCCUGAGAAGGUCCUGGAGCUGUUCUGCGCCGCGGCGCGUGAGGUGGCGUACGAUCCGAUGCGACCGGCGCCGGACUGCCCCAGCUCAGCUCCCCUCCACCAGGCGGCACCAGUGGCGGCUGGCGGGGCACUUCUGGCCGCCCUGGUGCGUCAGCUGGACGCGCGCCGGCAGGAGGAGCUCCUACACGCCGCUGUCAGUCUGUUCCUCAACGGAGACGGUGAUCACAUGCUGGGCGCGCUGGCGGAGCGUUGGCACGGCGUGCUACCGCUCUCUCACUCGGCGCCGUGGCAGCACACACAGCUGACCGCUCUGCUGGCCGCAGCGCUGGCCGCCGCCCAGCCCAGCGUGGCCGUGCCGCAGCAGGAUAUCGUCUCUGUGAUGCUUACAAAACUGGCACUGAAGAAGCGACACCCGCUGACUGCAGAGCGGGCCGGUAAGAUGCUGGCGGUGGUGUUUAACAAGCAGCCAGAGGCGGAGACGGACCACCUGCUGAAGCGGCUUAUCAAGCAGCUCGAGUUCACGAUGGACUCCAGAGAGGAGGGCGGCGCAGGUGUGGAUGUGGCUGAGGUUUCGGCUGUGGUAGCGCUGUGGGGAGCGCUGACCAAAGGUCUGGUGCUGCGUGGUCACAGUCAGGCGGCAUACAUGGUGCGGCGCCUAGUCGAGUGGCUGUCGGAUACCGCUGCCGGUGAGGCUGCCGGUGCUGCCUUUGACGACCUGCUGGCAGAGGACGCCCUGCUGCGGACGGAGAACCACUGCACGGUGCGGCUGCUGCACCGCCAGUGGCUGUUCACGGUCACCUGUGACCAGCUGGCGGCUGUGUUUAGCAGCGAGGAGGCGCCGGCGGCCGUGCGGCGGCGCCACCUGCGCGCGCUGGGCGGCCAGCUGGCGGCGCUGCCUCCCAGCGUGGUGUCCGCCCAGCUGGAGCGGCUGCUGCCGCCGCUGGUGGCCGCGCUGGCAGAGCUGGCCGAUGACGCGGCGCUGAGCGCUGCUGUGCUGCAGGUGCUGGGCCGAGCCGCCGCCGACUCGCCGGCCGCCCUGGAGCCGUUCGCGGAGACCCUGGCGCCGCGGCUGCUGACGGCCGGCUGCGAGGCGCCCCAGCUGGAGACGCGCUGUGAGGCGCUCCGCUGCCUGGGCCAGCUGACCAGCCUGAAGGCGCACCUGCUGCUGCCGCUGCGGCCUCAGGUGCUCGCCGGCCUGGCUAACUGCGUCGACGACAAGAAGCGACUGGUGCGCCGCCAAGCAGUGGAGGCUAGGAACUUGUGGUUUCUGCUGGGCGCGCCAGGUGGUCUGAAGUGAGCGGGUUUCGUUCAGGAACUGUGCCAUGCGGGAACUGGGAAGGGCUAGUUUGUAAUGUUCAGUUACUCAGUGCGCACUUGUUGAAUGAGCUUUGUUUGUUGUAAUGUGAUAUCUUAUGACUGCGGGUGUGUAGAAUGUCGACCGGUACACUUAACCCGCGCGGGGCUGGGGUCUCCAGCCGAACGCGCGGGGCUGGGGGGGGGGGGGUAAAUUUUACCCCCCCUAUUAUCUCGCGAACUAAUGGUCCGAUUUGGAAAAUUCAAACGCCAAUCGAAAGCUCUCAUCACGAACUACUAAAAACAUGUACUUAAUUUAAAGUUUGAGGUCAAGGUCAAGGUCAGGUCAAGGGUACAAAUUGCAAGUUUCUACAGUAUCGGCCUUGCACCGUAGUUGCCGAAGAAUGGAGUCAUGGACUGAGACUGAUCGCCCAAAACGUGUUCUUAGGCUACCAAGACAAUAUUCGUUGCAUACAAUAUCAUUCAGAGGUCAAGGUCAAGGUCAGGUCAGGUCAGGUCAGGUCACCAAAACACAAAAUAUAGAAAAGGGCAUGUGCGACACAUGUUUUAUGGGUCAUUUUACUCAUAGAAUUCAAUAGGCAUACUCAAUAAGUGAUAUGGACCACCUCUGGAUGAAUUUCAGGUCGAGGUCAGGUCAAGGUCAGGUCAAGUGAGGUCAAAUUUUGAAGUUGGUUGUUAAGGCCUAAAAGGUGUCUAUCUGAUGCAGUUUUUCACGGCGAAUCGAAUGGUGCUAUUUUUGUUUCCGUAAGAGGUCUAGAACUUCCAAAAAAGUCAUUUUUCAAAAAAUUUGUGUGUCGUGACGUCAUAAAAUUUUGAAUAACUCCCACAUUUUUUAACCGAUUCUUCUGAAAUUUGGUAUGUAGGUGCACAUAGACCACUUCUCUGACAUAUAUUCCGGUUUUUUUCGAUAGACUCAAAAUUUUGGAUUUUAUAAUGAUUUUCCCAAAAAAAUCAGUUUUUUGAAAAAUUUAGGCCAAAAUCCAAAAUUUUCAAAAAACCGAGAUAGCCAUUUAAUAGACAAAGUAAAAUUACGUAUAACCUUUUUUGUUACGUCUUGAUUCCUUUAAAAAUGAAGAUGUUAGCGGCGUUUGAACUUUUGCCGUUUUUGAGGCGAAAAUCGCGAACAUGACGUCAUUAAAACGUCAAUUUCUCAAAAAUUUUCCGACGGAUUUCGCUCAAAUUUUCAGGGAACGUGUCAAAUUGAUGUAAGAAAAGGUACUGAAAGUUUGGCGGCGCUGCGCGCCGCCGUUUUUGAGAUAUCGCAAAAAUUCGCGAGGGGGGUAAAAUUUACCCCCCCCCCAGCCCCGCGCGGGUUAACUCAGCGAACCGACUGCCGGGACAGGGCGUGAGUGAUAGGCUUCCACGCUUUUAGCGCUUUCCAACGCCUCAAAUAUAUGAUCGUCGAUAACA